AUGGGAGAUUGGGAGUUUCUGGAAAAGUUGCUGGAUCAGGUGCAAGAGCAUUCCACUGCAAUUGGAAAGGUCUGGCUGAUGGUACUGUUUAUCUUCCGCAUCUUGAUUCUGGGUCUCGCGGGGGAAUCCGUUUGGGGAGAUGAACAAUCAGACUUUGUAUGCAAUACAGAUCAACCUGGAUGCCCAAAUGUUUGUUACGACAAAGCCUUCCCGAUUUCCCAUGUGCGCUUCUGGGUGCUUCAGUUUCUCUUUGUUAGCACUCCCACCUUGUUUUACCUGGGCCAUGUAAUCUACCUUUCCAGAAAAGAGGAGAAGCUGAAACAGAAAGAGGAUGAGUUAAGGGCCGUGAGUGACAAAGAUCAGGAAGUGGACCACGCCAUAGCGGUCAUAGAGAAGAAACGUUUAAAAAUCUGCAUUCAAGAAGAUGGCAGAGUCAAGAUACGAGGAGCCCUCAUGUGCACCUAUACAACCAGCAUCAUUUUCAAGAGUGUUUUUGAAGCUGGCUUCCUACUUGGCCAGUGGUAUCUGUAUGGCUUCGUAAUGCCUGCCAUAUAUGUAUGUGAAAGAGUGCCGUGUCCCCACAAAGUGGACUGCUUUGUGUCCAGACCCAAGGAGAAAACAAUUUUCAUCCUUUUCAUGCUAGUGGUGUCAUUAAUUUCUCUUCUGCUCAACCUUUUAGAGCUUAUCCAUUUAGUCUGCAAGAACAUGCUGCACACUUUUAAAAAAUAUUCCCCCUACAUCUCCAACACAAGAUAUCAUAAAGAAGAGGAUAUGUAUCCAGGAAAAUGCACAGCAACAGCCACUGCACCUUUUCAGGACAAAUCAUACAUAUACCUUCCCAUGAGUGAGAACAUUUCCUACCCAAAUUACAAAAAUCAGAACGAGGACAACUGGGCUAACUUGAAUACAGAGAAACAACUAGCUAUCCAUGGAGCAAAACAAACUCAUCUAGAACAUUACAACAAUAGCACUUUUACCCCCAUUUCUCCUAAUUCUCACGUUGUAGUAGAGAAGCAACUGAGUAGAGCCAGUAGUUCUGCAUCCAAGAAACAGUAUGUGUGAGAAAACGGUUUACUGUUUUUUGUGUCAGUGUCCAAGUCUAAACUGUGUGCUGGAUCGCCAGUGCUGUCAACAACAACAUGGCUUACUUGAACAUGGAUUUUCGCAUUUAAAAUUGGAAUAAAGAAUAAUAACAAGUCUACACAACCAAUUUGCUGGUGACUCUGCUGACUAACUACAACUACUGUAUAUACUUUUCACAUGUUUCAGUUUAACUGUGGUGCUCAGGCUAAUAAUACUCUAUGGAACUUAUUGGUAAUUGUUGUACACAUACAUUUGGUGUUAUGAUACAAUGGUGAUUCUUGUAAUCAAUAGAAAUUUCCACCAUAACUGCCAUCGUUAAAUGAUUAGCCUAUAUAGGGGUCUGUUUACUUAGACUUGGAGAUAAAGUGGAUGGAGAUAAAGUACCAGCCAAUCAGCUCCUAACUGCCAUGUCACAGGCGGUAUUUGAAAAAUGACAGUUAGGAGCUGAUUGACUGGUACUUUAUCUCCAGCGACUUUAUCUCCGUCCAACGCUUAGUAAAUAGACCCCAUAGAGUCUAACAUUAAGUGGGAUGCAUUUGGAUGCCGGUAGUCAUAAUCCAGACGGCGGCAUCCCAACACUCAUGAUCCCAACACCUAGUAGGUGACUAUACUCUGCCUAAUCACCCCCGUGGCUUACCUCUCCA